GACUGCGGCCCGGUGCCCCCCCACCACCACCCCCCGGCCCGCAUCAUUCUCCCAUGGCGGUCCGAGCUCGGCCCCGGCUGGAGGAGGGCCCCAGGUUUGCGCAAGGGCCCGGCCUGUGGUGUAACUGCUUCUGCCGCUUCCUCUUCUCCUGGGCUGGGGGCUGGCCGACAUCUCCCUGCGGGCCGCGGCUCCCGCUGCCUCCGACCCUCAGGGUCCGGCUGCUCUGGGAAAGGCCCGGCCCGGGCUCGGCAGGAAGCCCUGGGCCGCCAGCAGCAUGAGUGACUCAGGCCCGCCGCCCGCCACACCGGGCAGGGAGCUCCCCUCCCCCUCCCUGCACUAUCUUUACAGCAACCUGGGAGAGGGGCGAGCCCACUUGCAGCCCUCUAAACCCUGCCGCCCACGGACGUCACGGCUGUCCUCUACCUGCCUCGCCCCGCCUCCCUUGCCCCAGAAGACCCUCUGCCGGACCCGCUCUCUUCCCACUGGCAAGACUCUUCACUCCUCCUAUGGCUACAGUUCCCUUCCUCGGAGGGAGCACCAAGCCACUCCCGGGCAGACCUCCUGGGACAGACUGAGGAGACCCUUGCUGGAGUCCCGGAGCCUGGAGGAGAUCCCCCGGGCCAGGGCGAGCCUCUCGGGCCCAGACCCUCCCCGGCUGACCUUCGCCACCCCGGACUGGGAGCUGGGCCAUUUCUUCCAGGACCUGGGCAGGCCCCAGGAGGUGUACAAGGUGCUGAGAGGCUGCCAGCUGGACACCCUGCGCUGCAUAGAGAAGCAGCUUGGAGCCCGGCUGGCGGGGCCGUGGCCUGGCAGGGGGGGCCCAGGCCAGAGGUUCCGCCUGCUGGACAGCGAGCCCUGUGCGGAGAGUGGGGACGCCUGGUACUAUAAGGUGGUUCGGAUCAUGGAAGACACCUGGCACCUCCUGGCUGCCAAGGUGCCCAAGCUCUGGUCCAGGACUCCGGAAGCCCUCCACACUGAGCCCCCCGGGCUGGCCCUGCAGGCCACACUCAGGCCACAUUUCAAUGUGCAGAGUCUCUGUGGCCAGCUGCCCACAGGGAGCCUGCCAGAGGCACCGUGGCAAGGGCCAGCGGCUCUGGUGGCCGAGGUGCCCACCCAGACUGUGGCCGAUUGGGUCAGCGCCAACAAGGAGCUCCAUGGGAGCCACCCAGUGUGGUACGAGCGCCGGGUCUGCCUCCUGCUGCUCCAGCUGUGCGGGGCCCUGAAGCAGCUGCACUCGGACAGUCUGGGGCAUGGGGACCUGAGGCCCGAGAACCUGCUGCUGGCAGUGCCCCGGGGCCAGCCUGUAGGAGCCUUGCCCCAGCUGCUCCUCACAAACUUUGCCAGGACGCGGUCCUUGGUGCCCCAGCUGCCAGCGCGCGAGGAUGAACUUCAGCUGGGCCUCCUCAUCUAUGAGAUGCUGGGCCAAGGCCCUGCUCUGGCCCAGGCCCGAGGGUCCUCCACUCCCCCCCUGCCAGUCCGCUCAGCCUACUCCCUGGCCCUGGCCCGCCUGACCCCACAUUUGCUGCAGGCAGCGCCAGACCGCCGUCCCCCUGUGGCCCAGGUCCGAGUGGCCCUGCAGACCAUUCUGUGGGGCCCUGGGCCCAAGCUCCAGGCCCAAGGCCUCCCCCCGGGGCCCUGGCUGGACAUCCACAGGGCCCUGCUGCCCCUGGAGUUGGCGGAGCGGCUGGCAGGCAGUGGGGAGGCGGCUGGACUCGAGGACUGGCUCUGUUGCCAAUAUAUGACCGAAGCCUCACAACGCAUGGUGGGCUGGGCUCUGGAGCUCCUCUGGGGAGAGCAGACUGCUGGGGAUUGAGUGCCUUUGGAAAUCCUGAGGGAGGCCCCCAGCUCUGGUACCUCAGAAAACUCGCCUCCAUUACCGUCCUGCCAAGAACUUCAUUUUCUCAUCCCCCUACUUUUCUGCCCUGUCCCUCCCUCUCCUUCUCCCCCUCCCCAGUAAUGGCCUUUAUUAUUUGGAACAUGGACCACUGGCAUCCCUACACAAAUCCCCUGCCUCCAAAACUCACAGAGUGAGGGCCCCUUGUUUUUCCUCUAAAUGUAAAUAUUGGAUCAGAAUGUCAGAAGGGACCUGAAUGUUUUCAUUUCAUAGCUGAGUCUGAGAGAGGGGCAAUUACCUUCUAAUCUGUGUCAGGAUUAGAACCUCGUCUCCAGGAGAGAGUUUUUUCCUCUUGACAUCCCAUUUCCAGGACAUCAAGCAUUAGGUGAGAUAAUAUUUGUGAAGAUUUUUAUUGGAGAUAAGAUUUGUUCAUCCGGACCAUUUGUGCCCAACAUGACAUAAUAAUGUCAUUUGGAUCUUCUUCAGGAAUGAAGGACAACUAGCAAACCUUUUGGGAAGCACUUAGCGCAGAACCUGGCACACAGCAGGUGCUUUAUAAAUGCUUCCCCUGUACCUCCCUCCAUCCAGGCUGACUCCCAGAGUAAGAUACUGAUCAUCAUUUUGAAAUCUAACCCAGCUUUGGUCAAGACCAAAUUACUUUUUGUAAUUUUUAAAUUACUUUUUGUAACUGCACGGAAGACGGCAUGUCCCUUUGUACACUUUGUGUAUCCCAUAAACACAGAUCAUGGGAGAGGGGGUCAGAGCCAUAAAGGGACCUCCUAGACCAUCUAGUCUGGUGCCCUUAUUUUACACAAAAGGAAACUCGAGAGUUGGAGGAAUAAAGUGACUAGACAAAAGUCAUAAAGAUUAUUAAUCUUUGAUGUAGAACUUGAAGCCGGGUCUUCCCAAGUCCAAAUUUAGCACCUUAUUAGUUAUACCACAACACCUCUUGCACUUGGAGUCUCCCCAAUAGAGUGUAAGCUCCUGAAGGGCAGGGACUUUUUCAUUUUUGUCUUUGUACACCUAGUGCCUCACACAGAUAUGGGCACACAGUAAGUGCCUAAUAAAUGCUUAUUAAAUCAAUUGGCUGAGAGUGGAUUGACAUAAAAAUCCCUCAUCUGUGCCCCAGACUGCUGGUGUUCAGCCCAUCACACUUAACCUAGAUUGUUUUAUAGAUGAUCUCUGGGUCCAUAUCAUUUUCAAUGUGGUAGGACUUUCUGGGAGUGGCUAGAUAGUACAAUGGAUAGAGUCUUAGCCUUAG